AUGUGGCGAUUCUGCUGUAUCCUAGGCCGAAAAGAGUCCAAAAUUAUUGAGAUACAGCGUCAUUCCAAGUCCUCUGUUGACAUCCUACCUGCAGUCACCACCGAACCGGCUUCGAGUUUGGCUAGUCUGUGUUGUGACGAUUGUCGAAGGCUCUCUUGGAAUAAGUCUAACGGUCACGCCACUGACAAUCCGUCUCGACGACAUUCGACUCCCUAUUUUGAGGUUGAUUUUGAGACGGGACGCCGUCCCACGUUAGUUGUCGAGGCCACAGCCCGUCUAGCCGUCGCAGAAGCUGUGGAUCUGGAACAUAGUCGGCGGAGUUCGAGUGUCAGUACUCAGGCUGUCUACAAGCCUCUAGGAGGGAUGGUGAAUCGACGCAAAGUGAUGCCUGGAAGGAAAUCCGAUCCUGUCGAAGUUAGACCACGCUCCCUAGUAGUUGAUCUUCCCGUUGAAGGCGAAUCCCCCUCCAGAUGUGCUCCUACGGAUCGAAAGAAGACAGGAUUCAUAAAAUUACGCUCCUCUGGCUCCUCCUUCCGUAAACGGAUGCUAACUAGAAAGAGUGAUAGGAGUGGCCUUUCUCGACUCAAUUUCAUGUCUCGAAGCAGACCGAAGGGAUGUGGUGAUACCACAACCUCUCAAAUGCAAACCAUCCCCCUGAAAAGUGCUAGAAUGACUCCCAGCUCACGACGUGAUUCCCUCUACAUUUUUAGCCAUACCGAUGAACCCAUUGUCACACCGUUCGCACAAAUUCUGGCCAGUCUCCGAAAGGUCCGUGCAAACUUUAUAUGUCUCACCAAUGUGCACAGCUCGAAGGAGUAA